GAAGGCGCAGCGAAGGUCCAGAAGAAUAUUGUUUAAGUCUGGAGCAAAAUACGAGACAGUGUAAUUAUGCAGUUGGUGAUGGUUCAUCCAGAGCGGGGGUUUGUGUUCGUAGAGAAAGUUUAAAAACAUCACAGAAACGUCCCGCGUCCUCAUCGAACGAUGCUCAACGACACCCUCGCUUCCGGCGCGCUGGACGCGAACGUUUCCGAGACGCUGCCCUUCCUCUCCCUCAGCCAGAACCGCAGCGCGCUCCGGCUGGAGCCCAAGUCGCUGGUCAUUUCGGCCACGAUGUUCGCCGUAGGAGUCCUGGGGAACCUCGUCGCCAUCGUCGUGCUGUGCGUCUCCAAAAGGGAGCAAAAGGAAACCACCUUCUACACGCUGGUCUGCGGGAUGGCCAUCACCGACCUGCUGGGCACGUGCUUCACCAGCCCCGUGGUGAUCGCCACGUACAUAGUGAGCCGCUGGCCCGGGGGCGCGCUUCUCUGCCACUUCUUCUCCUUCUCCAUGCUCUUCUUCGGCUCGGCCGGGAUGUCCAUCCUGUGCGCCAUGGCCGUGGAGAGAUACCUGGCCAUAAACCACGCGUAUUUCUACUCCCAGCACAUAGACCGCACCAUGGCGCGCUUCGUGCUCCUGGUAACGUACCUGGCUAAUAUUAUAUUGUGCGUCAUGCCCAGUUUUGGGUUCGGGAGGCACGUCAGGCACUUCCCCGGGACUUGGUGCUUUCUGGACUGGAGGGCUAUGGACCCGCUCGGCGCGUGCUACUCGCUGCUGUACGGCGGCGUGAUGCUGCUGCUGAUCGCCGUGACGCUGCUGUGCAACCUGGCGGUGUGCAGGUCGCUGGUGGGGAUGAACCAGAGGACGGGCAUAGUCAGGACCGAGCUGUGUGAGCAGGGGGGGUCGCGUCGCCGCUUCCCACGGCUGCCUGCGGUCACGUCGGCGGCGGAGAUUCAGAUGUUCUGGCUUCUGGUGUUCAUGACCAUCGUGUUCCUGGUCUGCUCCAUCCCUUUAGUGGUGCGAAUCUUCGUGAACCAGCUGAAUGACCCCUCGUACAUUUCUGCCGGCGGACAGCCCGACUACCGGAGCGACCUGGUCGCCAUCCGCUUCGCUUCGUUCAACCCCAUUUUAGACCCGUGGGUGUACAUUUUGUGCCGAAAGAACCUGUUGCUGAAGGGGUGCGAGAAGCUAAAAAGGACGGUGGCCCGAGUCAACGACGGCCGCAGUGAGCGCACCGGAUGGGCGGCAGGUCAGCACUCCCCCCAGUCCACGAACAGCGACGACACCAGCUACGCGUCGUUACGCACGGGCGGCUACAGGACCCACGCGGAGCCGCGGAGGCCCGUCGCCCACAAAUCCUUCACGGACUUCGCGCUGAGACAGGCGUGGGAGUACGACAGCGCCCGCGGCAACUUCCACCCGUUCAGCGUGGAGUCCACCGCGAUCCUCGGGUGCGAGGAGGAGGCGGCGGCGGACACCGUGCAGGUGGCGGCGGCGGUGGCCUCGCCGCUGCGCUCCACGCACGCUGGGAGGGCGGAGGACGCGGCCUGCGGCUCGGGACCCCGAGCUCCGGCAUUUGAUGGGAGUUUGUGACCUGCCAGUGACAGGUUGGACGUGUUUUAUGUGACAGUGACUGACUGACUGUGACUGACUUCAUUCAACAAUCCAGGGGCGAUCGCUGCCCUGGAUUAUGUGCAGUAAGUCAAUAUUGCAGCAGGUCGCCACUCUCAGGUUUAGGAUGAUUGACGCAGCUGAUCAGUUCUGUAUUAACAUGCUGUAAGUUCCAGUGGCAUUAGUUUGUGUCUGAUUAUUUCCAAAAAACGGACGUUUUAAUUAAACAAUAGACUUUAAAUGAA